UUCCGAUGACUGGACCGGUAUAGGUUUUACCUGCUAAGCUACGAGAUUUCUGACUCACUUUUUCACUGACCUGGGUAUGCCACUACAAGGCGAGAGUUUAGACAGCAGAGUGUGACGAUGCUGGGCCCAUGCAAUGUGUCAGGGAUGUCCCAAUCCAGAUUGUUUAGAGACCCACCAGGCUGGAAAUCUGAUCUCUCAAGUCUGAUCUACCACGCCUCGCAAUUGUACCUUUUUUUUCCCGGCAGCCGGAAAGUCCGACGGAACGAGCGUGGUUUUACGAUAUCUCUUGCUCGCUACUGCAUAUAUGAGACUUGUUGCAAGCAGAAUCUGGCAUACCGUCACUGUACUACAAACGCUCGCUAGAACCACAUACGCAGAGGUUCUAAAAUCUACGGAUCAUGGU